CACUGGCAACCCUGUAUUGCCGCUGCUCAAUUGCUGUGUCAUUUCUGUUUCUCUGCGAAAUUGGUUGUUGAAUUUUUAUAUUUGAAUAAAGAAGUCUUAAGAAAAGUUAAAAAUUAUGGCUACUGAACGCUACAGCUUCUCCCUGACGACUUUCAGUCCUUCGGGAAAGCUUGUACAACUGGAGUAUGCUUUGGCCGCAGUAUCUGGUGGGGCGCCCUCAGUGGGCAUUAUGGCUUCCAACGGCGUCGUCAUUGCCACAGAGAACAAACAUAAAUCAGCGCUGUAUGAAGAACAUAGUGUAAACCGAGUUGAGAUGAUAAACAAGUAUAUUGGCAUGGUUUACUCUGGCAUGGGCCCAGAUUACCGUCUGCUGGUAAAACAAGCGCGUAAAAUUGCCCAAAAUUAUUUCCUGGUCUACAAGGAGUCCAUUCCAGUGACGCAACUGGUGCAGCGGGUGGCUAAUCUCAUGCAAGAGUACACCCAAUCUGGUGGAGUUCGUCCUUUUGGUGUAUCUUUGCUGAUCUGUGGAUGGGAUAAUGGUCGCCCCUAUCUAUACCAAUCUGAUCCAUCUGGCGCCUACUUUGCUUGGAAGGCUACAGCUAUGGGCAAGAAUGCUGUAGCUGGCAAGACUUUUCUAGAGAAGCGGUAUAGCGAAGAUCUAGAGCUUGAGGAUGCUGUACACACUGCCAUUCUUACACUCAAGGAAGGAUUCGAGGGUAAAAUGACGCCCGACAAUAUUGAAGUUGGCAUUUGCGAUGAGAACGGCUUCCGUAGCCUAAAACCUUCCGCAAUCAAGGACUAUUUGGCCAGCAUCCCGUAAACACUUCAAACAAACUACGUUACAAGCUAAGCUUUUCUACACAUAAUAAAAACAAAAUAAAUUUCGGA